AUGGUGUUUGCUUUGGCUUCGCGCUCGCUUCGCUCUUCGAGUUUGCGCCCUUCACUGGCACAACUGUCCGGCGCCCGCCGUGGAUAUGCUGAGGCCAUCAACAACCAGCUGAAGCUCAGCUUGGUCGUCCCUCACAAGGCCAUUUACAAAAACCAAGAAGUUACUCAGGUGAACCUUGCCGCGCAGAGCGGUGACUUGGGUAUCCUCUCUGCUCACAUUCCCGCAAUCGAGGCCCUUCGCCCUGGUGUGGUCGAAGUGAUCGAGUCCAGCGGUACUAGCAAACGCUUCUUUGUGUCGUCUGGAUUUGCCACUGUGCAUCCUAACAACUCGCUUACCAUCAACGCUGUCGAGGCAUUUCCUCUCGAGGACUUUUCCAUCGAGGCUGCGCGCCAAGGUCUUUCCGAGGCGCAACGCGUAGCCAGUGGAAGUGGCUCCAAGGAGGAGAAGGCUGCUGCAGAGAUUGAGAUCGAGGUCUUCUCCGCGAUCCAGUCCGCGCUUGGCCAGCAGUAA